AUAGAAUAAUGAAAAAAAACAGAAGAUUAGGAAAAAUAUGAUAGAAUAAUGAAAAAAAUCAGAUUUUAAAAAAUAUAAUAGAAUAAUGAAAAAAAAUAUUAUAAAAAAUAUGAACACAUCCCCUUUUCUGAUUUUAGGAAAAAAUUUCACUAAUGUCUUCCUCAUCAAGUGAUGAAGUUGAUGAAGCUUUAGAAGAAAUGGUCGACCAAGUAGUUGAUAAUUUCAUCGACUCAGUGAUAUAUGCUCACCCCAACAAGCAGAAAAGACGGGCUUAUAUCGAAAGACAUCGUGAACAAGGACACAAUCAGCUAUGGAACGAUUAUUUCCAAGAAAAUCCUACAUACCCACCGCAAAUGUUAAGGAGGCGUUUUCGAAUGAACAAGCCAUUGUUCCUCCACAUUAUCGAACGUGUAAGUAAUGAAGUUCCAUACUUUCAGCAAAGACGAAAUGCUUGCGGAAGGUAUGGGCUAUCUGCACUUCAAAAGUGUAUGGCAGCUAUACGUAUGCUGGCAUAUGGUCAACCAGGAGAUACAUAUGACGAGUAUCUCCGACUUGCUGACAGUACUUCACGUUUAUGUUUGGAAAAUUUCACUAAUGCAAUUAUAAAAUUGUUUGGAGAUGAGUAUCUACGCAGCCCUACAGCUGAGGAUCUUCAACGAUUGCUCGAUGUUGGAGAGGUACGCGGUUUUCCAUGGAUGAUAGGCAGCAUCGAUUGUAUGCAUUGGGAGUGGAAAAACUGCCCAACCGCUUGGAAAGGUCAGUACACACGUGGUACGGGAAAGCCGACAAUUGCCUUAGAAGCUGUGGCAUCACAAGAUCUUUGGAUAUGGCACGCAUUUUUCGGAUUACCAGGUACCCUCAAUGAUAUCAAUGUUCUUGAUCGGUCACCGGUUUUCGAUGACAUCGUAAAAGGUCGAGCACCAAAAGUUAAGUUCAAGGUCAACAACCACACUUAUCGUAUGGCCUACUAUCUUACUGACGGAAUUUAUCCAAACUGGUCAACAUUUAUCCAAUCCAUCCCACUUCCUCAAGGUCCUAAAGCCGAGAAAUUUGCAAAAAAGCAAGAAUCCGCCAGAAAAGAUGUCGAACGGGCUUUUGGAGUAUUACAAUCAAGGUUUGCAAUUGUUAAAAACCCAGCUCUAGUAUGGGACAAGGAAAAGAUAGGAAAGAUAAUGAGAACUUGUGUUAUAUUGCACAAUAUGAUAGUGGAGAAUGAACGACACGGAUACGCUCAAAUUGACACAUCUGAGUUCGAGUCAGGAGAGUCAAGUAGAAGUUCGAGGGUGACAAGGAGGGAUAGUAUUCAUGUCGAUAAGUUAGGCAUGCGCAGAGAAGUUCGAGAUCCAGCGAAACAUGCUCGUCUUAAAGCUGAUUUAAUGGAAAAUAUAUGGCAAAAGUUUGGUGAUGACGAUGAAUAAGCUUUGUAUGUUAUUGAAUUUCUUGUUUUAUGUAUUCUACUCUUUAUGUAUUGAAUAAAAUGUUUAAAAAUAUUUAUAAUAUAUUUUAAUGUAUUAUUUUAUUCAUGUUUUCUCAAUAAUUAGAAAUUUGAAAAAAAAAAUAAUUAUUAUGAAUAAUAAAUAUUAUUAUUUUAUUUCUAUGAACUUCUUCUUUAGGUUCACUAAUGCAGAAAACAAGAGAUUCAGGUUCUUAACUAUUCAUGGACCCACAUAAAAAUAUUAAAAAAUACUUGUGAACCCCAAGGGGGGUUCACUAAUGCUCAUGGUCUUAACUUAUUCUAUUGUAGCCCUACUCAAAAUUUCAUUCAUUAAAUUCAUUUGUUUCCUUUAGAAAGAUCCUUCAGUAAAAGUUCCAUUUUGUGUUUGAGUUCUUUCUGGUAGAUUCUUCGUGUCUUCGAUGUAUCCUUUAGGAUAGAGGGUUAUGGUUUGGAUUUGAGCAUUAUGAAUUUGAGUCAAAUUCCCAUCAACAAGGAGAGAAUUGUAACAAACCUAUCUCCAAAACCCAAUUUUUAGAUAUUCGAAAUCUGAUCCAAAUUAUUCAAAAUUUUGAUAUUUAGAUAUUCGAAAUCUGAUCCAAACCAAAGUAUUCGGAUACUCAAAUGUAUCCAAAAAAGGUUUAUAUACUUAUACAUAUUAAUUAUUUUUAGAUUUAAUAAUGUAUAUAAAGACAUCCAUAAUACAUAUGAUACUUUUAAGUUGGUUUAAAUACUUAACAAUAUCUACAAAUGGUAAAAAAUAAAUAUCUAAAAUAUUUAAAAUAUACUCAAAACACCAAAAAUAUUUAAAAUAAUUAUUGAUUCUCGAUCCAAAUACUUAAAACAAACUAAUUUAUAUGUUAAGUUUAGGUAUUCUACCAUAUAUUAUUCAAAUUUAUAUGUGAUAUUUUAUUUUGUUUAUAGAUUUUGAGAAAUUUAAAGUAUAUAAUGAAUUUAAUAAUUUUAAAAAUAAUUUAAAUAGGUUAUCUGAACCCGAACCCACAAAGAUCUGAAAAGAAUUCAAACAAAAAUUUAGAAAUAUUUGAAUGUGUCUUAAAUCUUUGACCCCGGAAAUCCAAAAUCCAAACAAAUCCGAACCAAACCCGAACGGAUACCUUAAAGCCCAUCCCUAGUCACUAUUAUAUAUCAUAUAUAUGUCAUCAUAUAAUUAAUUGUAAUUUAUAUAUACCAUCAUAUAAAUAAUCAUAUAAUUAAUAGUAUUUUAUAUGUUUUACCGUAUAAAUAAUAAUAUAUAAUAUUUUUAAAUUUAAUGUGAAAUAUAAAAACCAUAAUUAAAGUUUGUAUAUGAAAUUGGACUUUUUAUUGUGUGUUUCUUAUAUAUAUUGAAAACAUUAUUUUAAUAAUGGUUAUUGGAAAAUGUUUUAGUAAAAAUAAAAUUUUGAAUAUAUGUAUAUUUUAAAUCAAUUUUUGAUAUAAAUGAAAAACUUAAGUUAUUAUUUUGAUUUGAAAUAUGUAUACAAAGUUUAAAUUUUAUUUUAUGAUUAUUUUAUUAAAAAAAUGCUUUUAGGUAAUUAGAUUAGUCAAUUUAUGUAUAUUUUAAAGUUUGCUCAAAUAGAUAGUUUAUCAUAUGGACUUCCAAUUUUUAUUAUUAACAUAAGCCCUUUACUUUUUUUUCUUAAUAUACUGUUAUCGAUGUUUCCAAACAAUAUUAUAUUUUUUAUACUACUAUUCAUGUUUCCAAACAAUUUUUUUUUUUUAAACUGCUAUCCAUUUUUCAAACAAUAUUAUAUUUUUUAUACUACUAUUCAUGUUUACAAACAAACUUUUUUUUAAACUGAUAUCCAUAUUUCCAAAAACAAUUUCAUUAAGACUACUAUUCAAGUUUCCAAACAAUUUCAAUGUGUACUUUAGUUUUAAUAAUAUAGAUAUAGUAUUAUUUUUUUAGUAUUUUAAAAUAAUUUUAUAUUCUUAUAUUUAUAUUAAAAAAUGACAUUUCAAAUUAGAAUCCCUUAAAAAUAAAAAUCAGUUCUAUUAAAAUAAAAAUAAAUUCCAUAUAAAUAAUAUAUAUCAAUGUAAUAUACCGGUUUGUUAUAUAUGGAAAGACUUAAGAGAAGUAAUUUGGCUAUCUAUGUCACCAAAAUGCAUUUACUUUUUAGGGCACACAUACGUUUACAAUUUCAGAUUAUUUUACAACUCCAUAGUUAAGCGUGGUUGAUUUGAAAUAGUGGAAGGAUGGGUGUCCUAUCGAAAAGUUAUAUGUGGUAUCGUGUGAGUGGGCCAAAGCACGGGAAAAAGUUAUGUGGGAAUUGUAAGAUUAGUAAAAAAGAGUUUCAAACUGUGGAAAAAUUAACACACAGCCCGUUAUAUAUAAUGGGUCCACGGUCCGAGUGAGAAGGCGUGAGAGGCCCAUUAGCCAUGGCAGUUGGUAUGUUACAAGUGGUAUUAGACCCACACUAACAAGGACGUAGCGUUCUGUGAGAGAGGGUGAAUUAUAACAUUCCGGUUUGUGGUAUAUGGAAAGUCUUAAAAUAAUUUAUUUGACUACCUAUGUCACCAAUGUGCACUUAUUUUUUUGGGCACACAUUAGUUUAGAACUCUAAAGUUAAGGAUGCUUGAGCUGGAGUAGUGAAAUGAUGUCUGGUGACUUAUCAGGAAGUGAUUCGUGAUAUCGUGUGAGUGAGGCCAAAGCACAAAAAAUGUAAUGUGGUGAUUGGAAGAUGAGUAAACAAAAUUUUUGAGCUUUGGAAAAACUAACGCACCGUCUAUCGCAUGGAAUAAGGUCCGCCGAUCGAGAGAUCGGGCAUGGAAAGCCAAUUAACCGUAGACGGUCGGAGAAUGCAAUUAAAUUGUAAAACUAAAUAAAAAAAAUCUUAAAUCUGAUCUAUUUAAUUUAAUGAAGUUGAUUUCACCUUGUACAACCAAUAAUACUCGUAAAAUAGUUACUGAAGAUAAAUAAAUUUACUCGGUUACAUAAACAAAUUUGAAACAAUUACAUGUACAGUAAUGGCGUCUAUGUACAGAGCGGAUGUAAUAUAUAACAAUUGUUAUUGAAUUCGUAACAAUUCACUAGUGGAAGCCUCCUUGGUUCAGUAGUUUAACUAAUGGUCCAUUAAUUCUUCUACACUAUGAGAUCUGGAUUCCAAAUCUCGGAAAAUGCGAAAUUCUGUGAAUUAAGAGAGAAAAAGCUUACAAGAGAUUUGCAGUAUGGCGCAAGGAAUAUCGGCAAGCAUGGAUCUCAUAUGGCGGCUCAGAUGAUACAGUCAGACGUGAAUUCUCAUACGGCAGAUAGAAUUGUCGACUGUAAAAUCGUCUGUAAUAUUUUUCGUAAUUGUAAUAGCAUAAUUAUCCAAUAUUAAAAAAAAAACAAUCCACUCGUACAUGAUUUUUUUUAGUUUAACAUGACACUAGUUGAAAAAAAUUGAACAGAUUUUCAAUUGAAUAAAAUCAGCAGUAUAAUAAAGUAGUUUAUAUUUAUUAGAUUCGUUUAUGAAGAAAUACGAAAAGUGACCAUAAUAAGAGAUUCAUCUUCUAAAGUAAAAAUGCAUUCACCACGGAAACUUCAAAUCAUUAGGGGAUUGACUGACUAUUUUAUCACUUAUUGCAACAACAUUGAGUAUCAUGUGUAGAAAUAAUAAAGCAAGCCCCACUGUGGAAUCCUCGGCCUUGACAUUCCUUCUGGCACUCGUACGCUCCGUAUCUUCCGUGCGCAGUUGGUCCACAUUGGAUACCAAGGCAGUUUUCUGGCUCUACACAUAUACAAUCAAACAUCAGUAUUAUUAUAUGAUAUAUAUAUUUAUUAAUAUUAAAUAAAAUAUUAUUAUAAGUAUAUAGACAUGAAUGUACAUGGCUAGUAACUAUUAUCAAUUUAUAUGAUAUUUGCAGGGUCAUGUUGUUGUUUACAUAACAAAAAAAAAGAUUUAUUUUUGUAAAAAACAACAUACGUUCAAAGCCCAAAACGUCGUUCUUUGACAGUGAUAUUGCCAACAACACUAUGAGAAAAAAUGUAACAAUUUUUUUUAUGGCACUCAUAUUUUCUAGUAAUAAACUAUAUAUAUAAUUGUCAUAUAUAAUGUUCUGGUUCUUCAUGUAGAGCUAGCUCUAUUUAUAUGAGGUCUCUUGCCUGGUAUAGUUUGAAAAUCUUUUCUUUUAAUUCUGUUAUUAUUAUUUUACCUUAAAUAAAUCUGAUUUAUUUGCUAAUAACGAUUUAUUCAAAUAUAUUCAUAUUUUAUUUUAUAUUAUUGACACUAAUUCAUGGAUAUGUUAAAAAAAAUUCAUGGAUAUGUUAUUAGAAUCAAAGGUAAUUCGAGAUUUACAAAAAAGCAAUUUAUACAUAUAUUCCACCAUACCAAUUAUAGAUAGUAUUUUUUGUCUAAUCUACCAUACUAAACAAAUGCAAAACAAUAGUCGGCACUUUGUUGACGUUGAAUAAUAAGAUUAUGAAGUUUGACUAAAACUGAUUAUGUAUCAACAAACUAAUUUUUUGAAUAAAAUCAGGGAAAUAUUUGUUUGUCACUAAUUAUCGUUUUCAUACUAAAUUAAAUUUAUAGUUUAUUUCAAUUAUUGAUUUAUUUUUAAUGUAUGUUAUUCCUCUUCUUUUGUUAUCAAAAGUCUUAUUCAUAUUAAAGUUAUUAGUAUGUUUUACAACUCAAAAUAUUAAGUUGUCCUAAGAUAAGACUUAUUUUAUCAAUUACAUGAAGGAAUAAACUCUUACAAUAUAUUUAUUUGUUUCCACAAAUUUAGUUAAAUUUGAUACACUUAAUCAGAUUUCCCCAUAUUAUCAAUAUAUAUUGACAUAUUUAUAUAAUUUUGAGAAGAAUAAUGAUUUAAUUUCAAAUUAUUUUUUCUUUAUUUACAAAUUUAUUUAAUUUUGAUAGCCUACUAGUUUUGUGCAAAUUUGUUUCUUUUUGAAAAAAAAAUUAUUUACUUAUGAUAGAUUUUAUAGUUUUUCACAAGUUUGUUUCAUUUUCCACCUUGACUUGACAAACUUAACUACUGCUGACUAAUAUGUUUCCUUUUGACCUUAGAUGGUGUUUUUUUUUAAUUGCAGAUCUGUUUCCUUCUAAACAGACUAAAAUAAUUAUAUCUAAACCAAACUAAACUUAACUGGUUAAACUGAAAUGUUUUAUACCAAGAAAAACGAAUAAAUGAAACCAAAUUUAAAUUGAACCAGAAAUCUAUACUAUUAUUUGCGAAAUGAUUUUUUGCAUUCAAACUCUCAUGUUAACAGUUAGAGUGGUCUUAAUGAAUAAAAUAUAUAAAUUAACCACAAAAUACAAACAAAUUUUAAUUUUUUAUUAACAAAUAAGUGAUUAAAACUAAUAAUAGUGAGAACAAUCUAAAAUCAAAAUAUUUUAAAAUAAAAAAUUCACAUAUAUAUAUAUAUAUAUUUUGGUUAUCUGAAAACAUAUUUUAAUAAAAAUUUAAAAAUUUAAAAAAUACAUAA